UGUUUUUGUCAUUCCCCAACACAGUGCACGAAUAGAUUACAAAAGUAAAUUUUUAAAACAAAUGAAAAUUGAGAUUGUGUUAUUUUUUAUUUAAAAGAUUAUUAUAAAAAUUUUAAAUAAACAACAAUCGAACGAAAACAUACAAUAUCAAAUCCCUAAAGAAGCAUUUUAAUAUUCUGACUUAAUUAAUCGAGAAAGAAAUUUUAGACGAUUAUAUUUCAAUAACAACUUUAACAUCUAAAAGAAAACAUUCAUCCAUUAUGGUGUUUUCAGAUGAAAAUAGUGAACUAGAAAAAUUAAUAUUUAGUACGGAAAAUCUUAAGAUGCAUAAACUCACGAAAAAAAAAAGAAAAAAUGAAUAUUUAUCUUUUUUAUUGACCAUAUGUUUAAUUAUAACUAUAAUUGGCAUCAUUUUCCACAUUACAAUAGACUCAAUUCAUAAAAACCAAAAUACUACAAUAUAUUUGAAUCCUUUAAAAAUAAAUACAGUUAUGGACUACAAAUGGCAUUAUACGACAGAAUUUAAUGCAACAUGGGUCUCAGAUGAAGAAAUUCUUACUAAAGACAUUAGUGGGCAUAUUGUGUUACUAAAUGUCAAAACUAAUAAUAAAUCAAUUUUAGCAUACAAUACAAUGCAGAAUGUCCGAUUUUGUUAUGAUUAUAAUUUAUCAGCUGACAAAAAAUACCUUUUGGUAGCUUACAACUAUACAAAAAUUUUUAAAUAUUCAUAUACAGCGUUCUACGAUGUGAUUAACAUAAAAAAUGGGAAACAAGUUACACUCAGAAACAGCUAUAAUCAGCCUAGACAGUUAAGAUUGGCCAAAUGGACUGCAAACAAUUCAAGUUUAAUAAUUGUUGAUGACUAUAAUAUCUUUUACAUUCCUACAGCUGUACAACCAAAUACUGUUCAUCAAUUAACGUUUGACGGAUCUAAAGAUUUUUACAAUGGUAUCCCUGAUUGGGCGUAUGAAGAAGAAAUACUCGAAUCAAAUUGUGCUGUGUGGUUGUCUCCAGCUGGAACCAAUCUAGUGUACGCAUCAUUUAACGAUACAUUAGUACCGAAAAUAAAAAUACCAUAUUAUGGAAUACCUGACACAUUGUAUGAUCAAUACAGUCAUUUAAUCAGUUUUCAUUACCCAAAGGUAACUAACCACAAUCCGGACGUUGAACUUUUCUUUUCUUCAUUAAAUGUGAAAGAUCAUAACCAUAGUGUUAAACAAAUAAAUCCUCCAAAAGAUUUUUCCAAAGAAGUAAUACUAAAAAAUGUUUUAUGGUCUGAUGAUUCUAACAUUUUUGUUUUAUGGAUGAACAGAAUACAAAAUGAAGCUCAACUAGUUCAUUAUAUAGUUAAUGACACAAUUGAUAUAAAACAUGUACAUAAAUUUAAGCAAGAUGGUGGUUGGCUUACAUUUGAUGAAUCUCUAUUAAUCGGUCCUGAACACCAAAUUGCAUUAAUAUAUUCAACAACUCAAGAUGAUGGUGAUAAAUACAGACAUAUUUGCAUAGUUAACCAUGAUGGUAGCUUAAAACCUCUGACCAGUGGAAAAUUUACAGUAGUGAAACUUCUCAAGUGGGAUUUAAAAUCAAACUUUAUAUAUUAUUUAGCUACCAUCGAAAAUAAACCAGAGGAUCAGUAUUUAUUUAAGAUUAGUACCAAUUCCAGCAGUACAUCCGAAUGUAUGACCUGUGGGUCGUCAUGUGCUUUUAGUAAAGCUUAUUUUAGUGAAGGUGGAUCUUACUAUGUUCAUACUUGUGCUGGACCAAACAUACCAGAUAUCAAUAUACUGAAAAUAUCUGGAGAAACUGUUUUACAGUGGGACACAAAUAGAUCAUUGACGAAGAAACUUCAAUAUGCUGUUUUACCCAAAGUAGUUUUUAUGACUGUACCAUUAAAAGAUGGUUUUGAAGCUCGUGUUAAACUUACAAUACCUCCAAAAGUUGACAUUACAUCAACUAACAAGUAUCCUAUGAUGGUUUAUGCGUACGCCGGACCUGAUUCAAACUUAGCACUGAAUGUAUUUGUUAUUGAUUAUAAUACAUAUUUUAGUACAGCUCACAACGUCAUUAUAGCAGAAAUAGAUGGCCGCGGCAGCGGUCGUAAAGGGGAUAGUCACUUAUUUGCUAACUACAAAAAACUUGGUACAGUAGAAAUUGAAGACCAAAUUACAGUAACUAAGUAUCUACAAGACAACUUAUCGUAUAUUGACAAGUCAAAUACAGCCAUAUGGGGUUGGAGUUAUGGUGGUUACGUGGCAGGAAUGGUUUUAGCUAAAGACGAAGAAAAACGUUUCAAGUGUGGACUAUCUGUUGCUCCAAUAACUGAUUGGUUAUAUUAUGAUACAUUUUAUACUGAAAGAUAUCUCGAUUUAUAUAAUAAAAACUUCCGGGGUUAUAGAAAUGCUAGUCUAAUAUACAACGCAGAAGGUUUAAGAGGUAAAGACUACAUGAUAAUUCAUGGUACUUUGGACGAUAAUGUUCAUUUUCAGCAUACUGCAUUGUUGUCAAGGGAACUUCAACAUAAUCGUAUACCAUUUCGACAUCAUAUUUACGUGGAUAAAAAACACUCGAUGUAUGAAGUUCAACAUCACCUUUAUCAAACAAUAACUAAAUUCUUUACUGAAUGCUUUCAACAUUGAAUCACUUUAAUUAUUUUACACGUGCAAAAAUUUUUUUUUAAUUUUACUAUUACUUGUAA